UGAGUCUAUUCAACUCCGGAGGCAGUUCAUGCAGCGUCAGCUAUAGCUAUACGUAGCUAUAAGUCGUUCAACUAAGAGAAAUUUUUGAAGUGUACGUCAAAUGGUCACGAUAAGUACUGUGACAAAGCGAAUGCGUCAACAUGAUGCCGAGUCAUUGUCACCUACUUAUUCUAGGCAUUGACAGGUGAUGUCGGACCAAGGAGUCCCGACUUUCCACGCUUGCCGUUAAGUAUCUGCUGCAUCCUCCCUUCGAUAACCCGCAACUUCUUCUGUAGAGUAUGUUUACCACAGAGAACCUCAUUCUCCGCGGAUUCGAUGAUGGUGAUCUAGAGGGCCUUCUUGCGCUGGGCAACGACCCCCUCGUCCAACGCACCCAAACAUACUCGGCUGUCGCGCCUCCACCUUCCUCGAAGUACAAGGAGCAUGUGAAGACUUUUGCCGAAGGCAAGGCGCUCUGGUUUUCUUUGGUUCCAAAGGAGUCUGGACAAUUCAUCGGCUUUUCCUGCAUCAAUUUGUUGGAGGCGAAGAAUCGGGAUGGACGGUUGAGCAUAUCCAUAGCCUCCGAUGUUUGGGGGAAGGGAUAUGGAACAGAAGCGAUGCGUUUCACUGUGAAUCAUGCAUUCAAAUACUUCGGAUUGCAGCGUGUCUCUUUGGAAGUUACAGAAGGCAAUGCGAGAGCACGAGCGGUUUAUGCCAAGCUGGGUUUUAAGGUGGAGGGGAGGAAACGACGAGGGAAUUGGAUAGAUGGUCAUUGGGAAGAUAUAAUCAGUAUGGGGGUUCUGGAUGAUGAAUGGGCGGAGUUAUACCCUGAAAGUUGCCAUACUUUCGGGGAAUCUACACUCGCGGAUAGUUGGAGACUUCACUAGGUGAAAUUAGACUCAAUAGGGACUGUCCGCGACCCGCAAAUUCAAUGAAGAAAGCAAGGAAAGUAGCUUGGCAUGGGAUUCAAGUCUGAGGAGCGCCUUAGGUCGAUGAUGCAAUGGCGGCCCGGGGAAGAAUAAUCAGGCAGUUUCUAUGUCAUCGGAGGCCUGGGCCGCCUGGUGCAUGAUCCAGGCGCAUCCAGAAACGGCUGGCCUGGUCCCAAUAUGUUUUGCAUCAUGCGCAUCCCCAGCAAGAGCAAAUAGAGAUUAAUCUUAUCGUGAUGAUACCUGUAUAUAAACCAGGUUUUAUCUGAAUGCAUCAAACCCACUCCCUCCUUUCCCCCGAAACUUGUUGCAGAGAAUAAAACUGCCAUAA